AUGGAAAAAUUUAUCAACAGUACGAAGGCAAGAAUUCAAAGGUUGGAAACUCAAAUUGGACAACUUGCUCAAGCAAUUUCGACAAGACCACAAGGAGGAUUACCUAGUAAUACCGAGAAGAAUCCCAGGGAACAAGUAAAGACCAUCACUCUCCGAAGUAGUAAAGAACUUAGAAAAGAAGAAAAAGAUGAUGAGCAUGUAAAAGAGGAAGAAAGUCGAAACCUUGAAGUCAAAGAAGGAGUCUACGAGUCAUCAAUGGAGAAAAAGGGAAGUUCUUCUGCUCUUUAUUUAAAAUCCUACAAACCCCCUCCUCCUUUUCCUAAAAGAUUUCUUAAGGCUAACUUGGAUAAGCAAUUUGCUAAAUUUCUAGAGGUGUUUCAAAUGUUGCAUAUUAACAUUCCUCUUCUUGAUGCUAUUUCUCAGAUGCCAAGUUAUGCCAAAUUUUUUAAGGAAAUAAUUUCAAACAAAAGAAAGUUGGAGGAGCUUGAAAUGGGAGCUUCUCCUUUGUCUCUUCAGGAAGCUUCUCUAUUUCGUGCACCAUUACCUACCACUGUUUCUCUACAAUUGGCUGACAGAAGAAUCAAAUAUCCAAGGGGAGUAGUGGAAGAUGUUUAG